UAACAAUUGUGAUACAUAAACUAAUAUUAUACGCUUGACCCUAAAAAAAACUCAUUCAAAAGUUUCCCUUCGACCAACAGACAACACAUUCCGCUCCAGAUUAUUCAGUUUUCAACGCUCGCCUAAGUCAUGAAUUGCUUGAAGACCAUCAAUAUUACGGCCAAGGGAAGAGGACGAGAGGCCACAGUUUCGUUGCGGCAGAACGAAUUAAUACGCAAUCUUCGUGCCUUGGUGGCCGUGCGAUUUGAGUUGGCCAUUGACCGGAUUGUGCUCGUUUUUGGUGGUCAUGUGCUCUCGGAUGUGGGCUCAAUUGAUCAUCACGGCAUUACCUCGGGCGUGACAGUCCAUGUAGUUUGCCGACAGUUGCCUGAUCCAAAUCGUAAGGUCCUGAACUUUGGUAAGAAUUACGAGAGCGAUAGGAAAUCGAGGAAUUCGACAUAUUUCAAACAGAUGCUGGACGAUCCGAACAUAUUGAGGGAGUCGCUUCAGAGCGAUCCGCGCAUAGGACGCAUUAUCGAGGAGAAUGCUUCGUUUCGGCAUUAUCUAAGCAGUGAUCGUAAUUUGCGUGAAGUAAUCUCCUUGUCCUUCAGUCCGGCUAGACAGGAGCUAGGCAGGCGUCGAGAUCUAUAUAUCUUUCGCAUGGAAUCGAUACCAGGUGGACACAAAAUGCUUGACCGCCUGAACAAUCACAUGCGUGAGAUUUAUGAGAACAGCGUGGCCAUGUCUUAUCAGCAACUGGCCAAAUCCAGUAACUCCAAAUCGAGCGACGAGAAUCCCCAGCGUGGACGGGAGAAUAACGAACCAUUACCCAAUCCUUGGCUGUCGCAACCGAGGCCUAUGACUGACAUGGAAAUGAAUAUUCAAACUAUCCAAUACUUGCCACAGCGUUUCAAGAGUCAAUGGCAAUCGUCAGCAGGCAGCGCUCGUGGCCUUCCGGAUGGACAUGUGUGUUGCCAUCUAAGCUCAGACGAGACGCUGGAAGAGACGGUGCAGAAGGAACAGGAUCAAAACCAAUUGGAGGAGGAAAGGGAGCAGGAGCCAGGGUCGUCAACAAGUAAAGGCACUUCCACACUGAAUAUGAUUGAUUUUCUGUCGUGUAAUGAAACUCGCUGCGAGCAGCGCUACCAAUCGCAGCUUCAUGAGCUCUGUCGGAUGGGCUAUUCGGAUCGCAAGCGCAAUAUUUGUGCACUUCUCAUCUCCCAGGGUGAUGUUAGAAGCGCCACCAAAUUGUUGGACCACUGGAACCGUUAAUGCAGCAAGAGCGACCCCAACACACAUAUCCACCUACUCACACCCCAGACACUUAGGCACAGUUAAAGUUUCCGUAUGUUUUAGUUUUGUUCGAUUUCGGCCACAUGUCAUGUGUCUCAGUAUGGGUAUUUCAGAAAGUAAUCGUUAGGUAAAUUACAAGAGUCUCAAUCGAAAGAAAACGGAAAAUUCCCCAUCUCUGACAUUCGGAAUGUCAUAAUUUCCAUCACUGGGCUCGUAUUUGUAUGAUGAUGGAUGGGAACGAUUUUGUCAUGUCCGGCGCACAACUAUUCGCUUAGUGUUAUUAUCUAGCCCCAAUAUUAAUCCCAUUCAUCUAUUCAUCCAUCAUUCAGCUUCUUUGUGCUCAAUUCGUGUGACAGUUUUCAUGGCGAACAUAUCAAUUUUCUUUGGUCCAUGACCAAGAGAGAUGUUGCCACUCAACACACUCAACACACACCACACACCACCCACAACAUACUACAUAUAACCACGUAGUUAUGUACGUACAUAUUGCAUACCGCUGAAAAAUUUUAAAAAUA